AUGGUCAGGAAGAACCGGCGCCGCCGAGCAACGCCCCCAGGCGACCGGAGAACGCGUGUCCGCCUCGAUGACGAGGGCCUGCGGCCGCAGGACUGCUGCGAAUCAGCAAUUGUCUAUCGCACAAACCCUUUUGCAGCUUUCAAUGCUCCUACAAACUUCGGAUUCAGUCAUGACAUAGCGACCAGCAACAUGUCCCCAUCGUCAGUCGAGUAUCGCAUGAGCGUCUUGUUUCCGCACGGGAUCAAGAUCCGCGACACCCCCAGGUUCUACGAUCCGAACGACCACUUCGACACGAAUCCCACCCACGGCAAUUUUCAUCGCAUCCCGAAGGAAGAUGGAGAGUUGUCUGCCCACGGCCUAGCUGAGGUUUGGGUCGCGCCAUCGCUACUGAAAGACUUCAUUCAGAGCUAUAAUGCCUUGUUGAGAUGCCCACACGCCUCAAUCGAAACAAAAAAGGCUGAAGUCAUGAGCCUCCUCUUUCGGAGGACCAGUUAUGGUCUCCCGCCACACGUUUGGAAAGCAAUGAACUGCUUCCAGAUCGAGAGACGACUGGGCACCCGCCUGGCCACCCCGAACACCGGCUUCGGGAGCAACCCUACGAAUGCUGCCUCUCCUCCCAUCAUUCAACCUUGCACCUACAGCCUGGUUGACAGUGAUCCUUCCGACUGCAGCUACUGGAUCCAGACGCUCGGCUUUGGGAGAGGCUGGUCGGAGUCGUUUAUUGGGCUGACACUGCAAUUGGAUAAUCGAAUCAUCUUGCCCUAUCUCACCGUUGAAUUUUGGCGCGAAGGCGAAGGCGAGUUUGGCUGUGUGAACAGGAUGGCUAGAAACGCGGGGAUCGCCCUUUACAACAGAUACCUUCUGCGUGAGAGGUCGGUUACUAGGUUGGUCGAGGAGCCAACUUGGGACGCCCGAGACACUGGCGAUCCUUUACAAGAUAUCAAGCAUUAUGGUAUCGUCAUGUCGGAGACGGGUUUUACUGUGCGAGUGUUCCAACCCGACAGGCCCGGGAGCGAGAGUGGUGUACAAGGCAAUUUAAAGACUGAUACUUGCAGAAACCUCACUGGACUUAUGAGGUGGACGGGAUGCACCGCAUUUGAGAUGAUGUCCGGUACUCUACGACAGCAAGCUUCAGUUUGGUACCUGCUGAGCUGGGUAAACGAGAUUCAUCGCUGGGCGAUCGGAGCUUAUGCCCCUGGUUGCGCUCGUGAUAUCGAUCGCUGCAUGGCAAAGAGGCCGUGGUGA